AUGUACUCUCGGCCUCUUCUGCAUUUGCUCUUUGUAGUGGUGGUGAGCCACUUGUUGAAUACCGCACAGGCUAAUUCAAAUGCCACAACAGAGACCACAGUGGAAACCUCAACGAUAUCACCAACCACUGAAACCACGUCACAGACCACAGUGGUAACAUCGACGGAAUCACCAACCACAGAAACCACGUUGGAGACCACAGUAGAAACCUCAACUGGAUCACCGACUACAGAAACCACGUCAGAGACCACAGUGGUAACAUCGACGGAAUCACCAACCACAGAAACCACGUUAGAGACCACAGUGGUAACAUCGACGGAAUCACCAACCACAGAAACCACGUUAGAGACCACAGUAGAAACGUCUACGGAACCAGCAACUACUCAAUCCACAAUGGAGACCACAAGGAAACAAGCUCGGCCAACAGAUCUACAGCAAGGGGACACCUUGUUCUGCAUGCCCACAAAAGACGUACUGCAAUGGUGA